AUGGCUUUGCAUAGUGGUAUAGUGAAACAAGUUCAAAAACAGAGGGAGAAGAAAUGUGAUGUACGAAUACUUGAUAUGCGCGUUGGUCGUAUUGUUGAUGUCAAAAAACACCCUAAUGCUGACACAUUAUACGUGGAAGAAAUUGAUUGUGGUGAAAGUAGUCCCAGAACUGUGAUAGCAGCUGACGUGGAACGUUACACAUUAGAACAGAUGACUGAUCGCCCGGUAGUCGUACUGUGCAACGUCAAACCAGCAAAAAUGCGUGGUAUUUAUAGUAAAGGCAUGUUGAUGUGUGCAGUGUCUCAGGAUAAGCUAGAAUUAUUGGAACCACCAGAAGACAGUGUUCCAGGAGACAGGAUAAGCUUCGAGGGUUACCCGUUGGAUGCGUAUCCUACAAGAUUGCUAAACCCAAAGAAGAAGAUAUUCAGGAGAGUUCAGCGAUAUCUUUGCAUUAACUCGGAUGGGAUUGCAACAUACAGGGGCAUACCAUUCAGUGUAACUGGGAGAGGCGUGUGUACCGUACCAUCGUUGACCAAUGCAGAGAUCAAAUAA